CCCCAAGUCAAGGCCAUACCUCAGAGAGUAAACAUGGCGGAGUCGAAGAUGGUACAUUCCCCAUUGGUUACAUUCGUAUCAAUGCUCUCACUUCUAACGCUCUGCCCUCCUUUCGUUAUUCUACUAUGGUAUACGAUGGUCCAUGCUGAUGGGUCUAUAUUGGAGACAUGUAAUUAUCUAAGGCAGCAUGGGCUACAGGGAUUUAUUGAUAUUUGGCCAAAACCCACUGCAAUUGCAUGGAAAAUAAUUUUCUGUUAUGGAGCAUUCGAGGCUGCCCUUCAGCUUUUGUUACCAGGCAAAAGGGUUGAAGGACCAAUAUCUCCUUCAGGAAAUAGGCCUGUCUACAAGGCAAAUGGUUUGGCAGCAUAUAUGGUAACAUUAAUCACAUAUCUUGGUCUUUGGUGGUUUGGGAUAUUCAACCCAACGAUUGUCUAUGAUCAUUUGGGAGAAAUAUUUUCAGCACUCAUUUUUGGAAGCUUCAUCUUCUGUAUUUUCUUAUACAUAAAGGGUCAUGUGGCACCAUCUUCAACUGAUUCUGGUUCAUGUGGAAAUGUAAUAGUCGAUUUCUACUGGGGUAUGGAGCUGUAUCCUCGCAUUGGCAAGAACUUUGAUAUCAAAGUUUUCACAAACUGCAGAUUUGGGAUGAUGUCUUGGGCAGUUCUUGCUGUGACCUAUUGCAUAAAGCAGUAUGAAGCACAAGGGAGAGUGGCUGAUUCUAUACUUGUAAAUACUAUAUUGAUGCUGGUGUAUGUCUCAAAAUUCUUUUGGUGGGAAGCUGGAUACUGGAACACGAUGGAUAUUGCACAUGAUCGAGCUGGCUUUUAUAUUUGUUGGGGAUGCUUGGUAUGGGUUCCAUCUGUGUAUACUUCUCCUGGCAUGUACCUAGUCAAUCAUCCUGUGAAUCUGGGAACUCAGCUCGCAAUAUAUAUUCUUGUAGCAGGCAUUCUAUGCAUAUACAUCAACUAUGAUUGUGACAGGCAAAGGCAAGAAUUUCGCAGAACAAAUGGGAAGUGCGUGGUUUGGGGGAAAGCUCCAUCAAAGAUUGUUGCCUCAUACACUACAACAUCGGGUGAGACGAAGACCAGCCUUCUCCUAACCUCGGGAUGGUGAGUUAUUUUUAUAUUGCAUUUUGCUAAUAGAACCUAGGAACAUUACUAAAAGAGUUGUUUAGGAUAGAUUGAGGUAAGUUCAGCAGGUCCUAGUUCAUCGAACAAAUUUAGUGAACUCGCAGAUCAUGCAUAUCAAAAUGGUCAGAACUUUCAUGGAAGUUGAGAAUUUCAUUUAGGGGUCG